AUGGCAAAGAACUUAAACUCCGCCACCUUCACCGUUCUCUUGUUUGUCCUCGUGUUGGCUUCUACCGGAAUCUUCAAAAGCGAGGCUCUCCCUGGGGUGACGUGCCCACUUGAAACUGGAUGCUCUGCCACCACUUCGCGUGUGUUCUUAAGCGAGUGCGGAGAAGCGCCUUUCAAAGGUACAGAUGUGGAUUGCUGUAAUUGUUGCAAAAAAAUAAACGCCUCUCCUCCACUCUGUUGGGCGGUUGUUGAGGGACUCGAUCUGCACUGCCAUUGCUACCAAAAGGCGCCUUGA